UAUAAUAAGCCCUCGUAAAACUUUAUAAUUACAAAAAGAGCCCUGAAGUUCUCUUUCUCUACACUUAUCACCUCAAAGAGGAUCAAACCUCAGAUCUCUCGUCUUUCCCAAACGAAAAAUGACAGGUUCGAUCUCGACCUCAUGGCUCUUGCCGUCUCCUACGAACUCAAAAUCCUUUUCCACCUCAAAGUCCAUCUCUUUCCCACUCACUACAAACCCACGACGAAGCCCAGAUCGAUUCCCCUCGAGAUCUCCGUCACCCUCACUCCAAAUCCGAGCCGGAAUCCGCGAGCUACGAGAACGAAUCGACACCGUGAAGAACACUCAAAAGAUCACAGAAGCGAUGAAGCUAGUCGCGGCGGCUAGGGUUCGCCGAGCUCAAGAAGCCGUGAUCAACUGCAGACCUUUCACCGAAACCCUAGUCGGGAUCCUCCACUCGAUCAACCAAUGCGCUCAAUUGGAAGACAUCGACUUCCCUCUCAGCAACGUUAGGCCCGUAAAGAGAGUUGCUUUAGUCGUCGUCACCGGCGAUAAAGGCUUGUGCGGUGGUUUCAACAACGCAGUGAUCAAGAAAGCUAAUGUUAGAGUUGAUGAGUUGAAGCAGAGAGGGAUAGAGUGCGUUGUGGUAAGCGUAGGGAAGAAAGGGAACGCUUACUUUAGCAGGAGAGAUGACGUGGAAGUCGAUAAAUGUAUCGAAGGAGGAGGCGUUUACCCCACGGCUAAAGAAGCUCAGGUGAUCGCUGAUGACGUGUUCUCGUUGUUUGUGAGCGAGGAGGUGGAUAAGGUCGAGCUUGUCUACACAAAGUUCGUGUCUUUAGUGAAAUCCGAUCCUGUGAUCCACACUUUAUUACCGUUGACAAUGAAAGGAGAGUCUUGUGAUGUGGAAGGAGUGUGUGUUGACGCUAUGGAGGAUGAGAUGUUUAGGCUGACGAGCAAAGACGGGAAGCUUUCUGUGGAAAGGAGGAAAGUUGAGGUUGAGAGGCCUGAGAUUUCGCCGUUGAUGCAGUUUGAGCAGGAUCCUGUUCAGAUUCUUGAUGCGAUGAUGCCUUUGUAUUUGAACAGUCAGAUUCUGAGGGCGUUGCAGGAGUCUUUAGCGAGUGAGCUGGCGUCGAGGAUGAGCGCUAUGAGUAACGCGACGGAUAAUGCGGUUGAGUUGAAGAAGAGUCUUACGGUUGCUUAUAAUAGGGAGAGACAGGCUAAGAUCACUGGGGAGUUGCUAGAGAUUGUUGCUGGAGCUGAAGCUCUUAGAGGGACUUAGUUAGGAAACUAUAUUUGUGUUAAACCAUUUGUUGUUUGUGUAACAAUGUCAUGAAAGAAUAAAUACAUCAUCUAAUGCCGACAAAAGACUGAUACUUAAAUCUCAUUUGUCUCGAAGAAGAACAAAACAAUACUCAAGUACUUGGUGGUUUUCUUAAAUCUAAGACAACACAAAAAGAGAUAGAAACAUCAUUUGGUUUGGUUCUUUAAAUGAGCCUCAUCAACAAAAAAAAGA